UCGGCUCAGAAGCUCAAAGAGGGGAAGCAGACAAAACGCAGCAGCUUUGGUCAGGAAACCUCGUCAGACUCAGCAGAGGCAUGGAAUUUGGCCACGAAACCCAAACUCUAAAGGGCAAAAAGAGGGAUAUAAAUCCAGAAGCUGCAGGAAUGCUUUAAAAUGUUCUUGUAACUUUGCAUUGUUGAAAGGGUCUCUUAUUUUCCAUUUCAAGUGACGUGACACAGGGACAGUCGAUCUCUCAGGGCAGCCCAUCUGAAGUGGAUCAUGCCCCCUAGAUAGCGGUGUCAUCCUCCUCUCCACUCCCCCUCCCUGCCCCCUUGGCCCCUUCCUCUACCUUCCCGGUCCAGCACCAUCACUGCCACCUGUGUCACCACAGCCACCAUGCCCCCCAGGAAGAGGACGCGGUCGGGCCUGGGCUUCCUGUGCUGCUUCGGCAGCAACGAGCCCCCGGAGAUCAACCUUAAAGACAGCGUACCCCUGCAGCUGCUGGAGUUCAGCGCCCCAAUGCCGCCCGCCGAGGAGCUGCACGCACGUUUCUCCGAACUGGUGGAUGAACUGGACCUGACGGAUAAGAACCGGGAGGCCAUGUUUGCUCUGCCCGAUGAGAAGAAAUGGCAGAUCUACUGCAGCAAGAAGAAGGAGCAAGAGGACCCCAACAAGCUGGCUACCAGCUGGCCCGACUACUACAUUGACCGCAUCAACUCCAUGGCUGCUAUGCAGACCCUGUUUGCCUUCGAUGAGGAGGAAAUGGAAAUGCGGAACAAGGUGGUAGAAGAUCUGAAGACGGCACUGCGGACUCAGCCAAUGAGGUUCGUCACGCGCUUCAUUGAGCUCGACGGCCUCACCUGCCUCCUCAACUUCCUGCGCAGCAUGGACUACGAGACGUCGGAGAGCCGCGUCCACACCUCCGUCAUCGGCUGCAUUAAGGCCCUGAUGAACAACUCCCAGGGCCGCGCGCACGUCCUGGCUCACCCACAGAGCAUCAACACCAUCUCACAGAGCCUGCGGACGGAGAACAUCAAGACCAAAGUGGCGGUGCUGGAGAUUCUCGGGGCGGUGUGCCUGGUGCCCGACGGACACAAGAAGGUGCUGCAGGCCAUGGCUCACUACCAGAAAUACGCUGCGGAGAGGACACGCUUCCAGACGCUGCUGAAUGAGCUGGACAAGAGUACAGGCCGCUACAGAGACGAGGUCAACUUAAAGACGGCCAUCAUGUCCUUCAUCAACGCUGUGCUCAAUGCUGGAGCUGGGGAGGACAACCUUGAGUUCCGCCUCCACUUAAGGUACGAGUUCCUGAUGUUGGGCAUCCAGCCGGUCAUCGACAAGCUCAGAGAGCACGAGAACGCCACUCUGGACAGGCAUUUGGACUUCUUUGAGAUGGUGCGGAAUGAGGAUGACUCCGAGUUGGCCAAAAGAUUUGAUACGACCCAUGUAGAUACCAAGAGUGCCGGUGCCAUGUUUGAGCUGGUCAAGAAGAAGCUGAGCCACACAGACGCCUACCCCAACCUCCUCUCCAUCCUCCAGCACUGCCUGCAGAUGCCCUAUAAACGGGGUGGUGGUAGCCUGCAGCACUGGCAGCUCUUAGACCGGAUCCUCCAGCAGCUAGUCCUCCAGGACGACAAGGGAGAGGACCCCGACAGCGCCCCUCUGGACAACUUCAACGUUAAGAACAUCAUUCGCAUGUUGGUCAAUGAGAAUGAGGUGAAACAGUGGCGAGACCAGGCAGAGAAGUUCAGGAAAGAUCAUGUGGAGCUGCUGGGUAAACUAGAGCGGAAAGAGCGGGAGUGUGAUACCAAGACCCAGGAAAAGGAGGACAUGAUGAAGACUUUGAACAAGAUGAAGGACAAACUCCAGCGUGAGGGAGUGGAGCUGCGCUCAGCCAGGGAACAAGUCCUAGACCUGUCCACACGCAUCAACGACAUAUCUGGCGUCAGUGUGUCCUUCCCCCCUCCCCCUCCUCCGCCUGGCGGCCCCGCGGCUCCUCCUCCACCACCUAUGAUGGCUGGCUUUCCUCCACCUCCUCCUCCGCUACCAUUCAGCUGCCCGCCUCCUCCACCACCUCCCCCACCACCUGGAGGACCGCCUCCUCCUCCAGGAGCCCCUCCCAUUUUCGGAGCCCCGCCUCCCCCUAUUCCCUCUUCAUUCAACUCAGCGAGCACCAUGCGCUCCAAGUCCAUCCCUCAGCCUUCUCAUCCCCUGAAGUCCUUCAACUGGGCCAAACUCGGAGAGAAUGUGAUCAAUGGCACCAUCUGGAAUGACAUCGAUGACCUGAGAGCUUUCAAGAUUCUUGACCUCAAGGACAUCGAGAAGAUGUUUUCAGCCUAUCAGAGACAACAGGACCUGCUCACUAACCAAUCCUUCAAACAGAAAGAGACGGGCUCUAUGGACGACAUAUACGUCAGCACGCGGAAGGUCAAAGAGCUUUCUGUCAUCGACGGUAGACGUGCACAGAAUUGUAUCAUCCUUCUUUCAAAGUUAAAAAUGAGCAAUGAAGAGAUCAAGAGGGCGAUCCUCGAGAUGGAUGAGAGGGAAGAGCUAGCCAAAGAUAUGCUGGAGCAGCUGCUGAAGUUUGUCCCAGAGAAAAGUGACAUUGAUCUCUUGGAGGAGCACAAACAUGAGCUGGAGCGCAUGGCGCGGGCUGAUCGCUUCCUCUUUGAAAUGAGCAGAAUUGACCACUACCAGCAGAGACUGCAGGCGCUGUUCUUUAAGAAGAAGUUUGCAGAGCGCCUCGCUGAAACCAAGCCUAAGGUUGAAGCCAUCCUGAAUGCGUCCAAGGAGGUGGUCCGGAGCAAGAGGCUGACUCAGAUCCUGGAGGUGGUGCUGGCUUUCGGCAACUUCAUGAACAAGGGCCAGAGAGGCAACGCGUACGGCUUCAAGGUCUCCAGCCUCAACAAGAUCGCUGACACCAAGUCCAGCAUAGACAGAAACAUCACCAUGUUGCACUACCUGAUCAUGAUCGUCGAGAAGAACUACAAUGACACGCUGUACAUCCAGGAAGACCUCAGCAGCGUACCAGAGGCCGCCAAAGUCAAUUUGUCGGAGUUGGAAAAAGAGGUGCACAAUAUCAAAAGUGGACUGAAGGCUCUAGAGGCGGAGCUGCAAUACCAGCAGAGCAGGACGAGGGAACGCGGGGACAAGUUUGUGGCUGUGAUCGGUGACUUCAUCACCGUGGCUGGCUUCAGCUUCUCUGAACUGGAGGACCAGCUGAGUGAAGCCAAGGACAAGUUUACCAAAUCUCUGAAGCACUUUGGGGAGGAAGAAGGGAGGAUGCAGCCCGAUGAGUUCUUCGGGAUCUUCGACACCUUUUUGCAGUCGUUCAGUGAAGCACGGCAGGACCUGGAGAACAUGCAGCGGCGCAAAGAUGAGGAGGAGAGGAGGGCACGAAUGGAGGCCAUGCUCAAGGAGCAGAGGGAGCGGGAACGGCGAGCCAAGAAGAGCGGGGCCUCCGACGAGGUCGGGGGCGAGUUUGACGACCUGGUGUCGGCGUUGCGUUCCGGCGAGGUCUUUGACAAGGACCUGAACAAAUUCAAGCGCAACCGCAAGCGCUCAGUCAACCAGCUAGUGGAGGGCGGGGGCCGCGAGCGAGCCGUCACCAAGGUAAACUACUAGUUCGGGGGGGGAAAAAAAGGAAAGGAAAAGAAAAUAACACUAGACACCAAAAUUCUGCCCUGGUGUAGAUCUCUUAACACCUUUUUAGUCCAGGAACAUUGGAGAGGAUGUGACUAACGGCUGGACUUGGGACAUGUAGCGCCAUGUGUGGACAGCCACGCCCUUCUGAAGGAGGCAGCAGCCUCCUCUGAUUGGUCUUGUAAAGCUCCUCCCCACCGGUUUGUCCUGGCAGUCGUGUGAUCUCCUGAGCUGGGCGAAGGACUGUUUGGAUCUAUGGAUGAACGGACAGACCACUGUGACACAUUAUCCCAUAUAUUUUGACCAUAUCCUCUUUAACACUGUGCUACAAGCUUCCAGCUCUCUAUCACCACGCUGUUUUUCACUGCUUUCCCCCCCCAUAAACCCCUCCACUCUUCCUCUGAAAGUUCCUUGGUGCUGGAGCAGUCCUAUCUUUUUUUUUGGCUCUAAAACACACAGGACUUUGGGAUCAGCCAGUCACAGUGUACAUAGACUUGAGUCCAAGAGAAAGGAUUGGGGAAAACUGACAAAAGAAGGUGGGAAAGGGGGCGGGGGGGGGGGGGG